CAUUUUAUUAAAAUCCGUCAUAACAAGGGGUUUUCAAGUGCAUUUCUCGCAUUUUCAUGUAUUUCACACAUUAGGCAUUGAUUUUCAGUAAAAACAAUAAGGUUUAUUGUGUGAUCUUGCAUAGGUCUAUCAUCAAAAGUGAAAAAUGGAUGAUCUAAUUACACUUAUACGAACGGAAAUUCCGGAAGGAAGGCAAAACCUUCAGGAGAGUUACACAAACCUGGAGCGUGUUGCCGAGUAUUGCGAAGACACCUAUUAUCGUUCCGACAACAAAAAGGCUUCUUUGGAGGAAACUAAAAACUAUACUACCCAGUCGCUGGCCAGUGUAGCGUAUCAAAUCAACACGCUGGCAUACAAUUUUCUGCAACUGAUGGAUCUUCAAGCCACUCAAAUAACCGAGAUGGAGUCCCAAAUGAAUCACAUUUCCCAAACCGUAAUGAUCCACAAGGAGAAGGUGGCUCGCCGCGAAAUAGGUGUACUGACGGCAAACAAAGUCAGCACAAGACAGUACAAAAUAGUGGCCCCAUUAAACCCGGAAAAACCUAUUAAAUACGUUCGCAAACCAAUUGAUUACAGUUUGCUUGAUGAUAUCGGCCAUGGUGUGGCAUUAACUAACAACAAUCAAAAGAAGCAUCGUGUAUCCAGCCAAGGGUCGAUUCAGUCCCUGGCAGCUAACAUUUCGGUGGGUCCACCACCAACCACGAAACCACCGACUCCACCACAGAUCACACGUAGUGCAGGACACACCGGUACUUUAGGGAAAUCAUCCGGCAAUACCGGCACACUUGGGAAAGCAUCCCGAGAGUAUCGUACACCGCCGGUGGUAAAUCCACCAACGGUUCCCUCUCAUUACGCACCAAACUUUCCAGUAGGACAUCCUCGACGCACAUCGGGUGGUGAACGUGGUCCUGGCUACAGUGCACUUCCGAUGCCAAUGCCGCCGAGUCAGAUUGCGAUGCACCAUCCACCGCAAGUAGGCAUGGUCCAUCCGAUGCCUCCGUCAACCAUUCAACAUCAGUCAACCUUCGAUGAGCGGAACAGUAUGCCACCGCCUCCUUCACCGUUGACCGUAACUCACGAGAUGCCGGACCACAGUCACAUCGGAAUGCAUACGCUUAGUCGCAACAUGCCCCGUCCGGGCUCGCAGUCUCCACCGCUGCCACCGCCUCCGCCACCGGAGGAAUCCGAUCAUGCCGACUUUGGUCGACCGAGAAACACCCAAAGCCUGGUGGCACCGAUCGUUCCGGCUGAUCAGAACCUUCCCGGUUGGGUGCCGAAGAAUUACAUCGAAAAGGUGGUGGCCAUCUACGACUACUACGCCGACAAGGACGACGAGCUGAGCUUCCAGGAAAGCUCCGUACUGUAUGUGCUGAAAAAGAACGACGACGGCUGGUGGGAGGGCGUGAUGGACGGAGUCACCGGUUUGUUUCCUGGCAAUUAUGUUGAACCAUGCGUAUAAUUUAAAAUAUACAUUUAACUACUACCGUACCGGACGAUAUAGGAGUUCGAUUAAUGUCUAGUAUCGCAAUUAAAUAGUCUCUAUCAACAUAUAAAUUAUAAUUUCCGAUAUAAAUUACAUUCGAUACCAGUUUUCUUUCCAUAUGCUGGAACGUAUACAGUCAUCUGAAGAACAAUAAAGCCU